AAUUAAUGUUACGUAACGCAUAACUGAACAUCGUCAUGUAUUUCCUCACAAACCCUAGAACCCAACAAUCAUCUUUAUCCCUUUACUCUGUUAGGCGGUUCCAUGGCCUAGAAAGCUUAGAAAAAAAAAACCCACCAAGUGUUCGACAGAAUGCCUCACCGAACAAAACCCUCCAAGCCCAGCACAGAUACAACGGGCAUGGAUCAAAGAAACUGGUUGGAUCUUCCUGAUGAUGUAACAACAAAUAUACUCCAUAGGUUGAGCGUAGUUGAGAUUCUUGAGAACGUACAGAAGGUGUGCACUGCGUGGCGUAAAAUCUGCAAAGACCCGGCUAUGUGGAGAGUUAUCGACAUGGAAAAUCUUCAAGGUUUGGCUAACCCUCGUGCACUUGAGAAGAUGUGUAUGAAUGUGAUUGAUCGGAGUCAAGGCCAGCUUGUUGAUUUAAGCAUCGAACAUUUUCCUACUGAUGAUUUGAUUGAAUUCCUCGCUCAAGGCGAAAGAUCAAGUCAGCUCAGGCGUCUUCAAAUUUCAUAUGGCUAUGGUUCGUUGCAUAAAUCUUGGAAUGACUUAUUUAGAAAGGCUCCGAUGCUGGAGGAACUUGCUCUUACUUUCACUACUAUUUCGGAGGAGACUGUUGCAGAAAUUAGUCGAUGUUGUCCCAUGCUCAAGUCAUUCACAUAUAACAAUCAUGGUUGGAAGCAUAGCAUAGGGAUGGAUGCUGCAGAUGACUUUGUUAUAGCUGUUGCAAAAGGCAUGCCGCAGUUACUCCACCUACAGCUCACUGGCAAUGAAAUGUCAAAUAAGGGUUUACAGGCGAUUCUGGAUGGUUGUCCUAACCUUCAGUCCCUUGAUCUACGUGGAUGCUCCAGCAUUAAACUUUACGACAGUUGUGGAAAGCUAUGUAAGGAACGAAUCAAGAACUUGAGGCUCCCCCGUGACUCUAUGAUAGGCCACAAAGUUGCACCCUACGAUAGUGAAGAUGAGUAUGAAGAUUAUCUCUGGGAUGGUUAUGUUGGGCUUUAUGACGAUCUUUUGGAUGAUGUUGGUGGUGGCUUUGAUGAUGAUGAUGGUGGCUUUGGACCUUUUGGUGGUUUUGCUGAUGGCGUUGCAGAUUAUUACCAUCUCCUCUGAAACAAUGCUUAAAGCUUAAGCUUAAAGCUGUGUCAUCUGCAACUCUGCCCUAGCAGUUCUCUUGUUAUAAGCCACCAUGUUAACUUUGCUUAAAUUCUCCUUUUAAAACUCAUGUGAAGACAGUGUUUUCCUAUGUAUCCCUUUGUUUUGUUCAGUCUUUAGUUUCUGAAUUCUGAAUCGGAAGUGAAAGGAUUUGAGUACAUCUUUUGUUGGUAUUUUAUUUCUCAAGUGGAAUUCUUAA